GCUCCAAUGCAGCCAACUGUUCAGUAUAAUGAAAGGUCUGAUUUUUGUAAAUUGUUUUUCCUAUCGUCGAAUUGAGAAUUAAUGUACAUAGUUAUACGAAACGUUUUACGAUUUGUCGAAAAAAUAUUCGCGUUGUGCAACACAUAUUUCAUUGACUGAAUCAACUAUCAAUCGAAAAAAAUGUUCAAGAAAAGUAAACGAUCGAAAGAAGAGAUAGCCAAGGAAUUCGAUUUACCUGAAAGGAAGAGCAAAAUUGCAACUAUUUUGAAGCAGGGCGAACAAUACUGUUUAUGUCGUUCAUCAGAUUGUUCCCGCUUUAUGAUUGGUUGUGACGGCUGCGAGGAAUGGUACCAUGGCGAUUGCAUUUUCGUUUCGGAAAAGGAAGCCAAACAUAUCAAGCACUACUACUGCCAACGGUGUAAGGAAAACGAUCCCAGUUUGCAGACCGUUUUUCGUGCAGUACCGGUGGCAGCUGUUCCAAGCAAUCCCAGCGACGAUCGCUUACCGAAAAAGCCGAAAGAAAAGGUUCGUGAGAGUGAUGCGAAAGAGGGCAGCAAAUCAAAAGGUCGUUGCGGAAAUUGCGACGGUUGCAGCAAUAAAUACAAUUGUGGUCGGUGUGACAGCUGUCGAAGUACUGGUAAGAAGCAACGAUGCGACAAAAGAAUAUGCAUCAAUCAACGGGUGAAAAAGGAAAAGCCAGCAACGUCACGAACGAAAAAGAGACGGCGAUCGCCUAGUCCAGAAAUUACUAAUCCGGAAUUGGAGGGUCCGCGUCAGUGCUAUGGUCCUGGUUGUAGAAUGACCGCACGGCCACAAUCGAAGUACUGUUCGGACUUGUGUGGGAAAAAACUGGCCUCGAGUAGAAUAUACCAAGUUCUGCCUCAACGCAUUCAGGAAUGGAACUUAUCGCCCUGUAUUGCCGAAGAGGAGAACAAAGUUCAGCUGGAUAAUAUUCGUGCUAAAAAGAUGACCGUACGUGCGACAUUGGCUCAACUGGAUGAACGACAGAAAGAGCUCGAUUUGCUAGUUGAAAGGGCGAAACGUUGCGUUCUCGAUCCCAAUGCUUCGGAAACGAAUGAAGUUGAAGAUGAAAUGUCCAUGUACUGUGUCACAUGUGGCUUCGAAAUACAUUCACGGACCGCCAUUCGACACAUGGAGAAAUGUUUCAACAAAUACGAGAGUCAGGCUAGUUUCGGCAGCAUUUUCAAAACUCGCAUCGAAGGUAGUUCCAUGUUCUGCGACUUUUACAAUCCGGCCAGCAAAACCUAUUGCAAACGCCUGCGAGUUCUGUGUCCCGAGCAUUGCAAAAAGCCGAAAAUCAGCGACACCGAUGUGUGCGGUUGUCCGUUGGUGAAGAACACCUUUGAAUUGACCGGUGAAUUUUGCUGCGCCCCGAAAAAGAAAUGUUUCCGGCACUUUUUCUGGGAGAAAAUUCGACGAGCGGAAAUCGAUUGUGAACGUGUCAGACAGUGGUUGAAGAUGGACGAAUUGAUGGAACAGGAACGUCAAGUCAGAUCUAGUAUGGCAUCUCGUGCGGGUGUAUUACAUUUGAUGUUACACUCAACAUACAAUCAUGAACUCAUGGAGCAAUUGUGCCGUUCUGGCAGACAGUGAAUUAGUGGCUAGCAACGUAAGAAUCAUCAACGCAUACUAAGGAAAAUGGGGUGUAUGAUGCUUGUAUACAUUGAAGAAAUGCAAAUGAAUAAACUAAACCGAAAAAACUGAG